AAAUUCUUUUUAGUCUCCAGCUUUUUACAACCGCGUCUCUCUCUUUCUCUCUCCUCUCUGUACUUCUCUCUCUAGUUUUUCUCUCUCCUAGGGUUUCAAAGCCGCCGUUUUUGGGGGUUUUUUUUCCCUGUCUUUCGAUCGGUGACUGAUUACUCUCUGUCGCUUUCUCUCUCUUCAAUCCCCUUGAUAUCUCAGAUUUUUUAUGGUGAUGGAAAUCACCCAAUUACUUUUGAAUGCUCAAUCUGUCGAUGGUAAUGUUCGGAAGCAUGCUGAGGAUAGUCUGAAACAGUUUCAGGAGCAGAACAAUCCAAGUUUCUUGCUAUCUCUAGCUGGAGAGCUAGCCAGUGAAGAGAAGCCAGCUGAGUCGCGGAAAUUGGCUGGGCUCAUUCUUAAAAAUGCAUUGGAUGCUAAGGAACAGCAUAGGAAGUUUGAGUUUGUACAGAGAUGGUUGGCCCUGGAUGUGGGAUUGAAAAACCAAAUAAAGACAUGCUUGUUGCAAUCCCUGUCUUCGCCUGUUCAUGAUGCCCGUUCAACUGCAUCUCAGGUGGUUGCUAAGGUUGCAGGCAUUGAGCUACCCCAAAAGCAAUGGCCGGAACUGGUAGGGUCAUUGUUGGGAAAUAUUCACCAACUUCCACCUCAUGUCAAGCAAGCAACUCUUGAGACCCUUGGAUAUUUGUGUGAGGAGGUCUCUCCCGAUGUUGUUGAUCAGGAUCAUGUUAACAAAAUCCUUACUGCUGUCGUUCAAGGUAUGAAUGCAAAUGAAACAAACAAUGAAGUCAGGCUUGCUGCUACUCAUGCAUUAUACAAUGCUCUGGGAUUUGCUCAGGCUAAUUUUAACAAUGAUAUGGAGAGAGAUUAUAUCAUGAGGGUUGUCUGUGAAGCAACAUUGUCACCUGAUACGAAGAUACGGCAGGCAGCGUUUGAAUGUUUGGUUGCUAUUUCUUCCACGUAUUAUGAGAAGCUGGCUCCUUACAUCCAGGAUAUCUUCAAUAUCACUGCAAAGGCUGUGAGGGAAGAUGAAGAGCCGGUUGCUCUUCAAGCUGUUGAGUUUUGGAGCUCAAUUUGUGAUGAGGAGAUAGAUAUUAAUGACGAAUAUAGAAGUGAUUACACAGGUGACUCUGAAAUUCCUUGCUUUUAUUUUAUUAAGCAGGCUCUCCCUGCUUUGGUACCUAUGUUGCUGGAGACACUCCUCAAGCAAGAGGAAGAUCAGGAUCAGGAUGAGGGAGCUUGGAAUAUUGCUAUGGCAGGGGGAACUUGUCUUGGGCUUGUUGCGCGAACAGUAGGGGAUGAUAUCGUGCCUCUUGUAAUGCCAUUUAUUGAAGAGAACAUCACAAAGCCUGAUUGGAGGCAGCGAGAGGCUGCCACCUAUGCCUUUGGUUCAAUUUUGGAGGGUCCUUCCCCUGACAAGCUGACAGCUAUUGUCAAUGUUGCUUUGAACUUCAUGCUCACUGCCUUGACAAAAGAUCCAAACAACCAUGUGAAGGACACAACAGCAUGGACUCUUGGUCGGAUUUUUGAAUUUCUGCAUGGAAUAGAGGUGGAAACUCCGAUUAUCACGCAUGCAAACUGUCAGCAGAUUAUUACAGUUCUAUUGCAGGCCAUGAAGGACACACCUAAUGUUGCUGAAAAGGCAUGUGGUGCUCUCUAUUUCCUUGCCCAAGGCUAUUAUGAGCUUGAUGAGACCUCUUCACCCUUGACUCCAUACUUCCAGGAGAUUGUUCAGGCCCUUCUUACUGCCACUCACAGAGAAGAUGCAGGGGAGGCACGAUUAAGGACUGCUGCUUAUGAAACUUUGAAUGAAAUAGUCAGAUGCUCAACUGAUGAAACAGCCCCCUUGGUUUUGCAGUUAGUUCCUGUCAUUAUGAUGGAGCUUCAUAAAACACUAGAGUCACAGAACCUUUCACCAGAUGGGAAACAGGGGGAAUUGCAAGGUCUCUUGUGUGGAUGUCUACAGGUUAUUAUCCAAAAGUUGGGGUCAUCAGAGCCAACCAAAGCCGUGCUUUUGCAGUAUGCUGAUCAAAUUAUGCAACUCUUCUUGGGUGUGUUUGCUUGUAGAAGUGCCACUGUGCACGAAGAGGCCAUGCUAGGAAUUGGUGCUCUUGCUUAUGCCACUGGUUCUGAUUUCGCAAAAUACAUGAAUCAGUUCUACAAGUAUCUUGAAAUGGGUCUCCAAAACUUCGAAGAAUACCAAGUAUGUGCUGUCACAGUCGGUGUGGUGGGAGAUUUAUGCAGGGCAUUGGAGGAUAAGAUACUGCCUUACUGUGAUGGAAUUAUGACACAGCUCCUUAAGGACUUAUCAAGCAAUCAACUUCAUCGGUCGGUGAAGCCUCCUAUUUUCUCAUGCUUUGGGGACAUAGCACUUGCAAUAGGAGAGCAUUUCGAGAAAUAUCUGAUGUAUGCCAUGCCAAUGCUUCAGAGUGCAGCAGACUUGUCUGCUCACACAGCUGGUGCUGAUGAUGAGGUUCUCGAGUACACCAAUCUUUUGCGAAAUGGAAUUUUGGAAGCCUAUUCAGGGAUCCUACAAGGCUUUAAGAACACUACAAAAACCCAGCUCCUGCUACCUCAUGGACGCCAUAUUCUUUCAUUCAUUGACAGCAUUUAUCAAGAGAAAGAUAUGGAUGACAAUGUCAUGAAGGCUGCCAUUGGAGUACUUGGGGACCUUGCAGACACACUUGCAGCAGGUGCAGGUUCUUUGAUUCAACAGUUCCCGUCAUGCAGGGAUUUGCUCAGUGAAUGUUUGUCAUCUGCGGAUCCUGCAGUGAAACAAUCUGCUGAAUGGGCUAAGAUGGCUGUUAGUAGAGUGAUUUCCGUUUGAGGCUUGGUCUCCUUUUUGGUAUAUUCUUUUCCUUUUAGAAGUCCCUGCAUGCAUUGGUGUGUCGAGUUGGGUCCGGGGGUUCGGGAUUGCAUACACAAGUGUCGGGUCGUCACCAGUCAGACAACUGAAGUUGUCAGCCUUCACGUUGUCACUAACUCUUGCAUCAGCACCAUGGGUCUGUCAGGUCCUUUUGCUUUGGUCACUAAGGAGGUCGUGGAUAGUCCAGAAACAUUCAGGGGCCUCCACUUGAAAGUUUUAACCAAUCAAGUACAGUGCCGAAGGAUGAGUAUGGGAGAGACAGGUACGUCUUUGAGUCUAACAUGGCGAAACUGAUCAAAAUCAUGCCGAAACGAUGGGCUCCCUGAUUUUGAUCCAUGGUCCCCUCUGCUAAUACUCGAAAAGAGACUAUCCCUUGUUCGCCCUCGUGGUUCCUGUCUUGUCCCAAUGGAACAAUGGUCUCUGGAAGUUGAAGAUGAUUACAGCAGAGGGUCUAUGCAGGUUCAAAGACAUCAAAAUGACCACCAGUGCUGUAACAUAGCUUCACCCUCCCUACAUUUUCUUAAUUAACUUUUUUUUUCUCUUUCCCCCUUUUUCUUUUUCCUCAUUUUGGUCACUUUUUCUUUCAUUUAUAUUUUGAUUCUCCCCCCCUUUUGAGUCCUGCAUUGUUUCUAGUCCAUCAUCCAGUCAACAAUUGUGUUGCAUUUUGCAUCUCAUCAUAUUUUGCCUUUUUCUGUAUACUUGAUGUGGUCUUUUUGAUCACCCACAUACGAUGAAAGCAUCACAUUAUUAUUGUUAUGCAUUAUUUAAUGAUAUAUUUUGGGUUUAA